AUGGCAAGAAAAUCGCAACCAAUGAGAAUGCAAGAGAAGGAAAAGCAAUUAAUUCUGAAUUAUAAUUUACUACGAUUGCAAUUUUCUUUAGCUGAAGUUGUGACUUCAGGCUUCAAAUUAGUUUGUUUCACCAAUUGCCCUUUCGGAACAACUUUCUUCGUCUUUGUAACUUCAAGGUUAAUUUACGUAAAUCCUGCAAUUAAUAACAAAAGCAUUCUACCAUUCUGGGAUGAAGUUUACCAUACAACAAACUAA